CGGGGCGGGGGGGCGGAGGCGGCGGCGGCCCCGGCCCGGCCAUGACCGACUUCAAGCUGGGCAUCGUGCGGCUCGGCCGGGUGGCCGGCAAGACCAAGUACACGCUGAUCGACGAGCAGGACAUCCCGCUGGUGGAGAGCUACUCCUUCGAGGCUCGCAUGGAGGUAGAUGCUGAUGGAAAUGGUGCUAAAAUAUUUGCUUAUGCAUUUGACAAAAACCGUGGAAGGGGAUCUGGCCGCCUGCUGCAUGAGCUGCUUUGGGAGAGACACCGGGGAGGCAUUGCUCCAGGAUUUCAGGUGGUACAUCUGAACUCAGUGACUGUGGACAACCGCCUAGACAAUCUGCGCCUAGUUCCUUGGGGGUGGAAACCCAAAGCUGAAGAUAUCUCUAGUAAACAAAGGGAACAAAGUCUGUAUUGGCUGGCAAUCCAACAGCUUCCUACAGAUCCUAUAGAAGAGCAAUUUCCUGUACUGAAUGUAACACGAUAUUACAACGCUAAUGGGGAUGUUGUGGAGGAGGAAGAGAACUCAUGCACAUAUUAUGAAUGUCACUACCCCCCAUGCACAAUGAUUGAAAAACAGUUACGUGAAUUCAACAUUUGUGGCCGAUGCCAGGUAGCAAGGUACUGUGGGUCACAAUGCCAGCAGAAGGACUGGCCUGCUCACAAGAAACACUGUCGGGAGAAGAAGCGGACCUUCCAGCAAGAGCUCGGACCGGAGCGAUGACCGGGUGGCACAGGCCUCUUAGCAGCAGGAUUCCUUCUCAAAGGCAUUGGACUCUUGCUUUUGCACAGUAAUGACAGACUGCUUAUUGAAGCCAGAGGCACUGAAGAAGAAAAUCCCUGUGAUGCUUGAGCAGAACAGCUGACUGGACUAAGCCGGCUCUGACUGGUGCUGUGGAAAGGGAUUGGGUCUACCCUUCCAGUAUUAUAUUCUCAAGCAAAAAGACUACUGUGGAGGCUCCAGGCAGGAAGCUUCUCAUUAUUUAUAUGUUAAUACGUUUGUAAACUCAUGUACAGUUUUUGUUAGAAACUCUUGAUAGGACUCAUUAACUGUAAUGUGCAGAUGACAACACAUUGUUGGCCUAAAAGUUUUAAAAAAAGUCAUGUAGCAAAAGCUUUUCCUCCCAUGUGGCUAGAAGUAUCUGUGGCUGUGCCAAGGCCAGGAGGCAGGCUCCAACAUCAGCACUUGCUCUGGAGAACUCUGCAUGGAAGCUAUAUUUAAAAAAAAAAAAAAAAAAAGGCAAAGUAAAGGUUGGAAUGAAUCACUGUCUACUCUCUAGUUUUCUCCUGUUCCCUUCCAGUUGCUUUCAGAGCACAGUCACACUUGAAUGUUGCAGAUACCUACUCAGUAGGAACCAGUGCACCAGAAACUGGAACACGGUGUAGGGACCAUCUGGGAUCCCCGCGUGCAGGCAAGCUGUAGCGUGCCGCUUCCGUCGGAGAAGGGUGCUGCAGAUCGUGCUGUAAGCGGACGGUAUUUUUAGAAAGCUGAAUUGGCUUUCUUGUUACAAAACCUUUGUAUAUAGAGUAGCUGUAGGGGAGCUCAGGUUGUCAGCUGUGUGUGGAUGUGGUUGCCUUUGUGGCUUCCCUGUAAGCAUAGCAAAUAGUGAUGUGCAGAUAUGCUUAAAUGAUCUAAUAUUUGGUGAUUUGAGUUAUUUAUUUGUUUUUAAAGAGAUACCAUCAAACCAAGAAUCACUUUGAUUUUUUUAUGAAGUAAUAAGUAAAAUAAUAUGGGAGGAGGAUUUGAGUUGCAGAGUACAUGCCUGUUUUUCUUUACAGAUGUUUUGUCGUGUAUAAUCUGAUUUCUUUUCUCGUUUUUCCUUAAGGAGUGUCAAGUGAUUUUCCUGAAGAACUAAGUGGAUAAGUUAGUACCAGGUGUUAGUCUUGCUUUGCAGUUGGAAGAAUGUGAGCUGCUGAGUUCUUAAUGCAGAGCAUUUCUCCGAAUGCUUAUUGAAAUAGGUGUUCAAAAAUUUUUUUUUGUGAAAGCUGAUAAAUUUGUUUUCCAAUCGAGAUUCACUUUGCCACUUCGUGUCGCAAUGCUGGUCUUGCUUGUGUGCCAUUUGUUAGACAACCAGACUGCUGUGGACUUGCAUUAUUAUGUUUCUAAUAUCUGCACAGGAAGCUCUUAAUUAUGAGUAUUUGGGUG